AUGAUGCUCACCCCAGCCGCGAGGGACAAUGUCUUUUCAAGACGUGAAAUCGAAGGCAUGCUUGCCGAUGGCAGGCUCAUUACCAUCGUCGACGGCGAAGUCCUCAAAUUAGACGCUUGGAUCAAAUAUCACCCCGGAGGUGAUAUGGCCAUCAAGCACAUGAUAGGAAAGGAUGCGACAGACGAAGUAAAUGCGAAGCCCGUCAGCAAAUGCGCAAGUUUAGAAUUGGCCGAAUCGAGGGCCGAUGGACCAAUUUCCUCUCCUCCUAUCCAAGGCGGCGUAUUUCGCCCAUACAAUAAAGACGAGGUCGAAGAAGAUCCAUACAUCACAGAACUAUCAAGCUCAGAAAUCUCUGCACCGCCGUCUCCCAUCUUCGAACCCGCAGACGAUACCCUCGGCCUAAGACGCCGGCUAUCAGUUUCAACCAUCUCGUCAGCAGUCAGCGUCGUUCCUCCCGCGACAGAAGAAAAGCCAAGAGGAUACGUGGUAGACGCACGCACGCAAGAGGAGAUUCACCUGGAUGCCUCCAAAUACCCAUCCCUCGACGCCGAGGACCAAGAAUACAUCACAAAGAAAUACCGCGAACUACAGAAGCGCAUCGAAGCAGCCGGUCUCUACAAUUGCAAUUACACAGCCUACGCAAUCGAGAUAUGUCGGUACACAAUCUUCUUCUCACUCUUCGUCUUCUUCCUCAAGCGCUCCCACUUCUGCCUCUCAGCGUUCUUCCUCGGCUGCUUCUGGCACCAACUCGUCUUCUCCGCCCACGACGCCGGCCACAUGGGCAUCACCCACAAUUACCAAAUCGACACAACCAUCGGCAUGAUCAUCGCCGAUUAUCUCGGCGGCUUAAGUCUCGGUUGGUGGAAACGCAGCCACAACGUCCACCAUAUCGUCACCAACGCGCCCGAGCAUGACCCAGACAUCGAGCUUAUGCCCUUCUUCGCGCUGUCGCAUCGGUUCUUCUCCUCCCUGCGAAGCACCUACUACGAUCGCAUCAUGGAGUACGAUGCUUUCGCCAGGAUCACCGUCAAAUACCAGCACUACCUGUACUACCCGAUCCUCCUCUUUGGACGCUUCAACCUCUACUUCCUGAGCUGGGAGCACAUCAUCGUCGGCCGGGGCCCGAAACAUGGCGCUGGCUGGUGGCACCGCUGGUUCGAGUUUGCGGGGCAUAUCUUCUUCUGGAUUUGGUUCGGAUACGGCGUCGUCUGGUGCAGUAUCCCGACCUGGUUUGAUAGGGUUGUCUUUGUUUUGAUUUCGCAUAUGGUGACUUCGCCGCUACAUGUGCAGAUUACGUUGUCACACUAUGCUAUGUCGACUGCGGAUUUGGGUCCGCUGGAAUCUUUCCCGCAGAAGAUGCUCCGGACUACCAUGGAUGUGGAUUGUCCGAAGUGGUUGGACUUUUUCCAUGGUGGGUUGCAGUUUCAAGCGAUUCACCAUUUGUAUCCCAGGAUUCCGCGGCAUAACCUGCGCAGGACGCAGCAGUUUGUUAGGGAGUUUUGUGAAGAUGUGAAGAUUCCGUAUGCGGUUUUUACUUUCUAUGAUGGUAAUAAGGAGGUUAUUGGGCGGCUUGCUGAUAUUGCGAGACAGGCGAGGAUUCUCGAGGAAUGUCGCAAGGCUUGUGCUGCGGAUCCUUACCAUAUGCAUUAG